UCUACAGGUCACGUUUGGACGCCCCAAAAAAUAAUAUUUAAACUUCUCCCAGAAGCGGAAUAUCUAGCUAGCACCCUUCUCCAUUGUGGACUCUGCCAGUACGCUAUUCGGGGCUGUCUCUAUUCUUGAAGCAAAGCGUCAGGUGUCGUGGUCUUCUUCUGUGAGGGUUUGGUGCCACUGAAGACUGGAGACUGGACGUUGGAUGGCGGAUACACCAAAGAAGUCAUUGCUUGAACGCCUCGCGCUCCCUUCCGAAGGACAAAAUAAUGUAGAUUCGAACGACAUUCCCCAAGACGAUAAACUCGUCGAGGAAGAGCCGGGUCAUACGAUGGAAGUCGAGAACUCACUUACUGAUGCUCAUAGUGCUGGAAGUCCGCAACCACUCACUUUUAGCGCUUUCAAAUUCUCGUCGUCGUUCUCUGCACAUGGGCCUACCCUUCUGCAACGGAUGCGUGUUCCGUCAUCAGUUUCAUCAGUUACUCCAAAUCCAAAUAUCACAGCAGCUGGACCGGGUGAUGACCACAAUCUUCAUGAGGCGGACUUGACAUCCAACCCCAUUUCCUGCAAUGGACGAUCAGAUGCUGAGCCAUUGGCUAUUGAAAGCGCCUCUCCAAAAGAAGGCCUUGGAGCCUCUCCUCCUAUGUUGGAGGGCUCAAACUACUCAGAUUAUUUACGUGAUUGCUCCACCCCUGCUUCGAUUUGCCCAGGAACGACACACUCGCCAGAAGGCGACAAAAAUGAGAGCGGAAAUAUUAAAGACCCCCCUGUUUUGCAGCAGUCACCUAUUUCCGAUUCUCCAGUGCCUCAAUCAGAGGCACCUAUCCCUCUGCCCAAUGUUUCCUUGCCUCUUGAUGGCCUGUCUUCUAUUAUUCAGCCGGAUAAUCAGCCAGAUGGCCUUCACAACUCGCCUAAAGACUUAAAUUCUCCAUCAUUGAUGGAUAUUGAUAAAACUAGCUCGGAUCCCAUCCGUCCAGAUUUCUUCGCUCCAACAUUUCAACACGUCCUUUCCAACUUAUCGGAAGAGAAGAUUCUCUCCAUAUCUGCUUCUUUCGAGGAAUCGACCUCGUUCACGGAUAAAUCACAUGCUCCGCGCCCCGACGAGAAGGAAGUAGCGUGGACUUUUGAAAAGGCUUUCGGCCCUUCUGCUUUUAGUGACCUGUUCGCCGAAGUUGCAAACGAGCAAAAUGAAUGGAAUGAGCUGCGGUCAAACCGGGUCGCAGUAUCACCGUCACAAAGUGUGGGCUUGCAAGGGUCGAAUUCUGCGGUCCUAGAAGCUCACAGCGAGUUGACUAAGUCACCGAGUGUCCUACAUCAGUUGUUCAACGAACAGGGAGGCAAUGAUAAUUUGGUCGACACGGGUCCCCAGGUUACUCAGGACCUAGCUGCGAUGUCAGCCACGGAAGUUGGGAAGCCGAUAGCAGCCACCACUCCUGGUUCAACCCUCCAAAAAAUUGGAGAAACUAGAGCCUAUAACCCUCAUUUGGACCAGCAAACUCCUGACCCGUGUCCUGCAACGCAGCCUGACGGCCUACGCGAAGACAAGGACGUAGCACUGUAUCUUCCCAGUUUAUCAGACUCAGGUAGACCUUUUGUUCCCCUCAAGCCCGUGAAACUCGCUCCGCUUCCGAUCGUUCGUCUGGGGUCCAGACGACUGGGCGAAGCCUCCCAGAGGGAUUCGAAUUCGCUGGUCGGGCUUACUCCUGGUGACCGCCACUCCACCAAACCCUCUCAUUCAAUUGAGUGGCCAUGUCUUGUACGCAAACUCAGCAAGUUUGAAACGGACGAACUCCUAAAGACCGCGACCAUCGAUCGCUCUGGGCUAUAUUCAGCUAGGCGGAGCAACGAAGUGGCCAGGAAAAGACGUGGUCGCAUCUCCCCCGUCUCUACGCCCAAAUCAAACACACCGCCGGCGAAGCGACAAAGAUUAUUUCUUUCUUCUUGUUCCUCUUCGCCUUCUCACACUCUCGCACUCCAAUCGACACCGCAUGACGCGACAUUAAAGGGUUCCAUCACGGAAGCCAGAGAGGGCGGUGCAGUUUCCAAUGAGCAAAUAAUAGUCCCCUCAAAUCAGUCAACUUCAGCAGCAUCCGGGCAACUUUACAUGAAUCAUUCAAGAGAGAUCAGUCCACCGAACAGAGACGAUGGCUUCCCACGGCCCGCCGGUUCUCGCCCUCACCAGGAGUACCGGGAUGGAUUGAAGGAGCCCCAGGUACUGACUUAUCCUUCGCACCCAGAUCCGACGACCAGUAGUCAAUGGGUUACAAUCAAGGAUGAUGGAGAUCUAGAUAACGAGGAUGCAGAACGUUCCACCGAGGAAGAAACCGACGAACGUGACGAGUUAGAUGGAGAUGAAGACGGACCCAAGGCUGCUCACUUACUUCCAACUGACACAGCUAAACCACCUAUGUCCACGAGUACAACGUUACAACAUGAUACCGGCAUUCGUCGGCCACUCGAGAAUGACACCCUGGCAGAAAAUGCUUUGAGUUUGGCGUCACUCAGGGGGCCGCACGCCUAUGGUGACCCUGCUGUUAUUCGUGACACAUCCCGUGCUGCCCUGCUGGAUCAUUUGGCAGUAGAUACGGAUCAGGAGAAAUUGACGCCUUCGGAAACGACAUCUCUCUCGGAAUAUGCUGAAUCCGGAAACGCAUUCAAAAAACGACCAGGAUCGCCGAUUGAUUCUGGACUUGGUAUCGAGAACAAGAAGAUGAAACUAGCUGAAUCUCCUGAGUUCGAAAACUUCCCCGAGGAGGCCACCAGACUUGGGCGGGCUGGAUCUCAGCGCAUUCCUGCUCUGCCGUCUGAUAUAUCAACCACCGAACAUACUGUCGUUGGAUCGGCCCCAUCUCACAGUGUUCGACGACUGCUCGCUGGACUUCAGCGUGCCACAGGACCUCGAGGAAGACCACAACGAGGUCGCUAUCGCUCCCGCUCUCCGUAUAGAGCAGACACCUACAUCCCCCGCCCCCCCUCUCAUGAUCGUCAUUAUUCACGGCCCAGCCCCCCGCCUCGCUACAACGAUGAGCGGCGCUCCUCGUAUCGUCGGUCGCGCUCUAGAGAACGGACAAUGGUCCCAAAGUUGUCAUCACGCAGGACACCACCUCGCGCCCGGACGCCACCCCGCGCCGGCACACCCAGUCGAUCUCGUGACCGAACUCCGCCAGGACGCGAUUCUUUUGAAGGAGAGCAUGACGGCCGUAGGGCGCUCCAUUCAUACCGAGUAUCUGAACGCGAUCGCCCGUAUCUUCCCCAUCGGCCGCAUGAACCCCGCUAUUCGCGCAGCCCUCCGCCAAGAGGGAGAUCGCCUGCAACCCCAAAUCAGCCCCGUCGUGCAGCUGCUCGGACUCCGCCGAGGGACAGCCGCCACAAGCCAUCUAUCGAACCUCAGGACAGGAUAGACGCUCACGAUGUUGCUCGGGAGAAUAUUCCGAAGAACAUUGACCAGCGCUCCGACAGCGCUUCUUCGAGUUUGCCGCGUCUCAGGGAGCCACCCUAUAUUGAGAUACGUUCAUCCAAGCUAGCAUCCCAGUCCGGGACUUCACCCUCCGAUGGCAAAGUUAAUUCCAGCCACCAGUCCGUCCAACCCAGAGGCACGUCCCCAUCCACACAGCCCACAUUUCACGAUAAAUCCUCGAGGGUCAGAGACAAACCCACCUCUCCAACGCUCAGCGCAACACAACACACACCACUGACCGGUUCUAUCCGUAAAGGCCAAAAGCCGGACGAACGAAAUCCCGCCAUUGCACAGCCUUCAAAUCCCUUAGCCGUCCUCCUUUCACUUCCUGAAUUCAAAGGGAUCGAUGGAUCAUCGGAGAGGGGGUCGUCUUCGACGCAACUCAGCCGUGUACGACCCCGCGACAACCCCCAAGAUAGUUCGCUCAUCCACAGGGUGGCUCCAACCUCCGCUAAAUCCAUCAGAGAGCCUACAAAAGUCACUAGUCUGGCUGAGCGAAUGGAGCCUGUACCAGCUACAGGGCCAACGUCUCAUUCCAGCCCAGCUUUGCUCAGUCGCAUGCAACUGCCAAUACAUUUACCAUCACGACCGACCUCGAUUCCUUACGCCCAAGAAUCUGAACCACAUACCACAUCCACUAGUGAGCUCUCCCUGCGGCAAAGAAUAAGUGACACGCUUCCGCCGCGUCCUCCGGGAGCUAACCCUUUACUACCGUUGUAUGAAACCCAUGGCGCUCAGAGCAGCACCGCGCACCAUCCGGACUCCAGCACCCCAUCUUCUCAAACCCCAGGUCCGACCAUUUUUGACCGACUUGCGGAGUUCUUACAACAGCUGCCCAACCGCGGGAAAGCCAGGGGGGUCCCACGACGGACACGGGGUCCAUGA